AUGUCUCCCGUCCCUGGGAUCACUCCACCGCCCCCCGUUGAAGCUCGUUCGCUUUCAUCCAUCACCGCCGUCGCCGCCAAUCCCCCCGCAUAUCCGCGCAAUCCCACCCACGACAAGCAUGAUCCAUUGGAGCUGUCCGCCGAGCUCAAUCUUGCUACUGCUGCUGCAUACGCGCUCCGCACCGAGGCAAUUGAAAGGGUCGAAUCUCCACGCCGGAUGGCGAUAGGCGCUAACUGCGGGAUGCAUGCAUAUGCAAUAGACAUUUUCCUCUCUCCCGUUAAGCCGCCCACCAAAUCCAGUGUCUCUGCGGAAGCCAUCAAUGCAUCCUUGUAUUACCUCCAUGUCGCAACUCCCGAGGACGAUGCGCUGCUGGAAGAAGUCGAGCUCGAGCGUGAGAAACAACAAUCGCAGAACUCGGAAGCGUCGAGAGACGCUGCGCAACGGGAUCUUGCCCGGUUGAACAAUUUCCGCCGGAAACCCGUCGGCACCGAGCAUGCGCCUAUGAGCCAAGAGAAUGGCCGCCUUCCAUCCGUGCCUCGUCGGCCGUUACCUGGAUCGCACGCUUCAGUGGAGAGGGUGCCUUCGCUGGCGCCACCGGCACCCUCGACCGCGACCACGACCACGACCACGACCACGACAGGGCCAGGGACGGAGAAGAAAAGCGAACAAAGAGACGGUCAUGAGGAUGCGGUGAACACCGGCAUCUCGCGGCUAGCGGUACCGUCCCUGUCCACAGUCGAGAUCCCAUUCCAUCAAGACGUGCCCACUGGCGACGACCAGCCUAGGAAGACGAAUCGAUGGAGUGCCUUUGCAAAUAAUCUACAGAACGUCCCGAGUCGAAGCAAAGAAGUAUGGAGGGAAAAGUUGGAGGCAGCAUCCGCUGGUCGGUACAGCCUCGACGCUAGCCGGCCACAAUUGCCCCCUCGUUGGUCGCACAACAAUGGUCCUCGCUCGCCAAACCGAAGCCCCGAACACUCACCCAACCGUCAGCCGCGACAAGCUCCAGCCCAUCGACGAGAUGUAGGCUUUCGCCUGACACUCAUUCGGCGAGAUCCUGCCUCCGGUUCGCAGUGGAACGUGGCAACAAUAUCGACGCCUCGGAUAGACCACAACACCGUAGAUAUUGAGAUUUCUACGCCGGGCUACAAUCGCUUUGCAGGGUCUCAAGAAGCGCUGUCUCUCGCAGAUCUUGCUGCGAACUUGCCGCCUGGCAUGUUCCAGUCUCCAGGAUCUUCGUUGCCUGCAGCUCUGAAAAACGCGCCCUCUGGUGCACAUCAAAUACCGGGGAAACCCCAGUCUUCGGCUCCUGGCAAAUUCCGCCGCCAAUUGUGCGUCUCACGGCAAUUCGAACAACACAGUGGUAAUUGGCGUGGUACAGCAGAGACGGGUCACGGCCCUAAUUUGGAGGGAUCGAAGCUGAAGAGCGGUUACUAUGCUUUCAAUUCACCAUGGAAUGGGAUAUGCACAUUCUCGUCCAGCGUCAACGGUCGCAGCCUGAAGUGCAAACACAUGAUUCCCACGCCGGGGAAUCCCUCACAUGCAGACAGCGACGGUAAUCAGACCGUCACCGUUGCCGAGAUUCGCUUCAACAUGCCCUUCCAAGCGGCCAGUCUUCAUUAUCAAGCAUCACGCAGUCCGCAGGCCCACCAACAGUCCCAUCCCUCGCAGGACUUGGUGCAAACUGCAGCAAAUCCACAUCCAAUCUCACCGCGCCAGCACUCAUCCCACAUCUUCAGCUCCGAAUCCAACACCAAUACCAAACGAAACACCUUUACCCAACUGCUCAAUACGUCCAAACUCACUCGGCCACGCGCCACCUCCGGGCCUGGUCUUCAAUAUCAAGCGUCGCCACAAGCCGAGAAUCCUCGCGCAUCUUCGAGUCACGGCCACCCGAUACGUCGCACCUCCUUUCGAACUGCAUUCUCCCGCCAGAACGAAUUCCGGCAUCACUAUCCGCCCCCACCAAAUCAGCACCGCAGUGGAAGCACGAGUAGCGGAGGAGGGUAUGACUCGGAUGAGGACCGAUUGGACUUUUCGUUGGCGCGGGAAUUGGCCGGUGGCGGAAUCCGCGGCAAGAGUGCAAAGUUGGGAAAACUAGUGAUUGAAGAUGAAGGGAUCAAGAUGUUGGAUUUGGUGGUCGCGGCUUGUAUGGCUGUGUGGUGGAGGGGGUGCUCCUCUUGA